UCGAAACCCAAGAAGGAGAAGAAGGUAAAGGAAAAGGAGGCCAAAGCCUCCGAAGGAAACCAAGGAGCCGAAGAAGAAGAAGAAGAAGAAAGGAGCCGGUGGUGAAGAAGCCAGCCGAGCCGAAGCAGAUGUUUGUCUCAUCAGCGUCGAAGCGUCGCGGGACCACGUCGUUGAAUGAAGGUGUUUGGAAAAGAAGAAAAGCGACGGCGGCUUGGCUCGUCCGGCGACGAGGGUUCGGACGGAGAUAUCAAGACGCCGCCUCCGUCUCCGAAAGAUGGAGACGAAGUGUACAUAGAGAAGCGCCGGUCAAGCCGCGUGACGAAGCGUAAGAAGUACAACGAUGAGGUAGAGUAUGGACUAUCGGACGAGGAGCGGAAACCGAGAAAAGCAGACGCGCACGUCAACAUGGCCGACGCUGUCAAGCCGAUGCAGUACUUUGUGGCAGCAGAUGAUGAGGCUGCUGGCAUUGUGGACAAGAUUCUCGCGGUGAGGAUCGGGAGACGGAAGAAGCUGAAUCCUCCGCCACCGGAGCCAGAGAUACAGAAGGAGGAGGUCGUGAAGGAGCAGCACGUCAUGCACCAGCUAGAGAAGGUCGACGAAUCGGUAGACGUUGACAUCGAGAUGGGGGAUGCUGAGCGUGCGACUGCGGAAGCUGAGGAGAAGCCAGUCGUGGAGGAUGCUGCUGCCGCGGAGACGGAGACCCCGAAGGAAGAGCCACCGCCGACGCCCGUGGCGGCCGAGGAAGAGGGGGAGAGGGAGAAGGUGGCUGAGAGCGCUCCCGAGAAGACGGUGGAGAAGCCAGCGGAGAGUGGCGACAAGGGAGGAGGAGCCGAGAAGGAGAAUGAGGAGGAGGAGGAGUGGGAGGAGGUCGAGGAAUUCUUCAUCAAGUACAAGAACUUUUCGUACCUGCAUUGUGAGUGGGCAGCUGAGGACCAGCUUAGAGACAAAAGGAUUGUGACGAAGAUUAAACGCUUCAAACAAAAGCAGCAACAGAAUCCGCAAUCUUUUUACGACAUGGAAGAUGAACCAUUCAACCCGGAGUACGUGGUUGUGGACAGAGUACUGGACGAGUCCAUCACUCCGGACCCGAUCACAGGCAUCCCCGUCACGUACUAUCUAGUGAAGUGGUCCUCGCUACCGUACGAAGACAGCACGUGGGAACUCGCGGAAGACGUGGACAUACCGAAGAUCGAGCAGUUCAAGAAGUUCCGCGAGAUGCCGGCGGAGGAGUAUCAGAAGCCCAAGAAGAGGCCGCGCGCCGAGCGGUGGAAGAAGCUGGAGGAGUCGCUCGCAUACAAGGGAGGCAACGUGCUACGGGACUAUCAGCUGGAGGGAGUCAACUGGCUGUCGUUCUGCUGGCACAACAAACAGAACUGCAUCCUGGCUGAUGAGAUGGGACUGGGUAAGACCGUACAGUCGAUUGCCUUCUUGCUAGACGUGGAGCAGGUCGGCAUCACAGGACCUUUCCUCAUCAUUGCGCCGCUUUCCACGAUCCCGAACUGGCAGCGAGAGUUUGAGACGUGGAGCGACAUCAACACGAUCGUCUACCACGGAACGGCUGCUAGCAGAAACAUGAUCAGAGAAUACGAAAUGUACUACAAGAAUGAGAAGGGCGAGUACAUCAUGGAGUUCUUCAAGUUCCAAGCGCUGAUCACGACGUACGAGGUGGUCAUCUCGGAUUGCUUCGAGCUGCGGGAGAUUCCCUGGCGCGUGGUGAUCAUCGACGAGGCUCACCGACUGAAGAACCAGAAGUGCAAGCUGAUGGAAGGGCUGAAGCUACUCAACGUGGAACACCGCGUGCUGCUCAGCGGAACGCCGCUGCAGAACAACGUGCAGGAACUGUUCUCGCUGCUCAACUUCCUCGAGGCUCAGCAGUUCAGCUGCAUCGACGCGUUCCUCAAGGAGUUCGGGGACCUGAAGACGGAGGGCCAGGUGGAGAAGCUCCAGCAGAUUCUGAAGCCAAUGAUGCUUCGUCGAUUGAAAGAAGAUGUGGAAAAAACUCUGGCACCGAAGGAGGAAACGAUUAUCGAGGUGGAGCUGACAAACAUACAGAAGAAGUACUAUCGCGCGAUCAUCGAGCGGAACUUCGCAUUCCUCUCGAAGGGCGCGUCGUGGAACAACGUCCCGAACCUCAUGAACACCAUGAUGGAACUGCGAAAGUGCUGCAACCAUCCGUAUCUCAUCAAAGGCGCCGAGGAGAAGAUUCUGAACGAGUACCACGCCGACCAUAGCGAGGAUUCGGGGCUUCACCUGCAGGCGAUGAUCCAGUCUUCGGGCAAGCUCGUUCUCAUCGACAAGCUGUUACCGAAGCUGAAGCAGGACGGCCACAAGGUGCUCGUAUUCUCACAGAUGGUGCGCUGCCUCGACAUCCUAGAGGACUAUCUCAUCAAACGCAUGUAUCCAUUUGAGCGGAUAGAUGGCGGUAUCCGUGGCGACCUGCGACAGGCGGCCAUUGAUCGUUUCAGCAAGCCAGAUUCAGACAGGUUCGUGUUCCUGCUGUGCACGCGCGCAGGCGGCCUCGGCAUCAACCUCGUCGCCGCCGACACCGUCAUCAUCUUCGACUCCGACUGGAACCCGCAGAACGACCUCCAGGCGCAGGCACGCUGUCAUCGCAUUGGUCAGACGCAGUCGGUUAAGGUCUACCGGCUGAUCACACGGAACUCGUACGAACGAGAGAUGUUCGACAAGGCCAGCCUCAAGCUGGGGCUCGACAAGGCCGUGCUGCAGACGAUGAGAAGCGAGAAGGAGAAGGAGAACUGCACCGUGCCGUGCUUGGAGGGAAGCACCUUCUCCGAGGCCAGUUUUGCGUCCUCCGGAAACAGGACGGAUAUUGACAUCGACGAUCCAAACUUCUGGCAGAAGUGGGCGAAGAAGGCUGACAUCGAUGUGGAUAAACUGGGCAGGGUGAGCCUAUCGGGUCCCGUGCCGCGCGGCAGGAAGGGGCGGAAGAGCAAGAAGGAGCUGGCGCCCUCUGUUUCUGAACAUAACGCCACCUGGAUCACCAAGUUUGAACCCGAGAUUCUGUUCCAAGACAACGGCUACAAGAAACAUCUGCGUCGCCAUGCCAACAAGGUGCUGCUGCGGGUGCGACUACUCUACUACAUCUGGCUGGAGGUGAUCGGCCGGGAGGCUGACAAGGUGCUGCGUGGGCUGCCAGCAAGUUUUCAAAACCUGACCGGUGCAAAUCGCGGCUGCAUGGCUCGCUGGCUAAUACGUUGGCGUAAGCCAUCGCCAACACAUGUUCUUGUCAGUGGUCACAUAACUAGAAUUUUGAAUGGCGGUCCAAGGGGUACUAUACGGCAGGUAGGAAGUGCAGCCACACUAGGUGGCGCUGUGGUGGGACGCGAUCGCUGCACGCUAGGUGGCGCUGUGGUGGGAUACGAGCGCUGCACGCUAGGUGGCGCUGUGGUGGGACGCGAUCGCUGCACGCCGCGUCGACUCACCGUGUUUGAAGACGCCGAUGAGAAGGCAUUUGUCUGCGUUGUCGUUCCACCACGCGGUCGGCUUGUCUCCAUCCGUAUCAGUGCUUCAUUUUCAAUGCUUGCAUUAUUCGCAGAGGAAGAGGGCAAGCUAGCGUUCCCUGGCGCGUCCGAUUUCAACAAUAGACUGCGCAAGCUCAUUACGGGCUACCAGCGCAACUACAAGAAGCAGCUGCUGCAGCGCGACACAGAGGCCAAGAGGUGUGAGAAGAGGCUCAGAGCACAGGAGGCAAUGAAGGUUAGAGAGCAGCAGAAACGAUACCAGCAGCAGAGGUGGUCGCGGCGCGAGGAGGCCGACUUCUACCGCGUCGUCUCGAGCUUUGGCGUCGAGUACAACAAGAAGAGGAAGGAGUACGACUGGAGAAAGUUCAAGGCUCUCGCGCGGCUCGACAAGAAGUUCGACCACAGCAUAACCGACUACUUCCUCUCCUUCAUGACCAUGUGCAAGGCCGUCUGCCGCAAGGAGCUCACGGCAGAGGAAGCGGCGGCGGCGCAGCUUGUGUACGUGGCGCCGAUCACUGAGGAGCGGGCGGGCCGCUGCCUCUACCGCAUCAAGCAUUGUGAAUCACUUACAUUACUACUGUGUUGUAAAUUGCAGAGGUGUGAGAAGAGGCUCAGAGCACAGGAGGCAAUGAAGGUUAGAGAGCAGCAGAAACGAUACCAGCAGCAGAGGUGGUCGCGGCGCGAGGAGGCUGACUUCUACCGCGUCGUCUCGAGCUUUGGCGUCGAGUACAACAAGAAGAGGAAGGAGUACGACUGGAGGAAGUUCAAGGCUCUCGCGCGGCUCGACAAGAAGUUCGACCACAGCAUAACCGACUACUUCCUCUCCUUCAUGACCAUGUGCAAGGCCGUCUGCCGCAAGGAGCUCACGGCAGAGGAAGCGGCGGCGGCACAGCUUGUGUACGUGGCGCCGAUCACUGAGGAGCGGGCGGGCCGCUGCCUCUACCGCAUCAAGCUGCUCAACAAGGUUCGAGCCGAGAGGGUCACGUACGACGCAAGAGAGCUGUCUAUAGUGUCCUUUAUAGACAGGUGUCUGUUUCGUAGAGGCAAGGAAGAGACGGAGGAAGUGGAGAAGGAGAAGGGUGGGGUGAGCGAGGGGACCGAUGAGCAGAUGGAAGAUGUGAAAACGGAGGAGCAGGCGGUCGAAGUGAAAGAGGAAGCCACGUCGAAGGAAGCAGAGGAUGAGGAGACGGAGAAACGCGCCGAUGAAAAGGAGCAGCACGCUGACGAAAAGGAGAAGCACGCUGACGAAAAGGAGAAGCACGCUGACGAAAAGGAGAAGCACACUGACGAAAAGGAGAAACAUGCUGACGAAAAGGAAGGGGAAGCAGCGCUGGUGAAGACAGAGGAAGCCAAGCCGAAGAUAGAAGCCAGGGAGGAGGAGGAGGAGGAGGAGGUUUGUAAAGAAGGCGAGGAUGCGGAGGAGAAGCCUGUAAAGAAGGAAGAAGAAGCUGGGGAGGAGGAAGCAAAGGAGACGGCUGCACCGAAGGAGGAGCAGGAAGAGGAGACUGCGUCGCGGCUGGGUGGAGAGAUGGAGGAGGAGGUUGCUUCUGCCAUUCCUGCCAAGAUCCGUGAGAUGAUGAGACUUGAGCAGGGGUCGCCACUGGGCACGGACGACGAGAGUCAGGCGAGUUUCAUGGAAUCGGACGGAGAACGGAAUCCGCCGACGGUCGCUCAGCUGCUUGCUCACUCCAUGCACAACCCUAUACGCUGGCCCAAGGACAAGGUUCUGAUGCACAGGAUAGAGCACAUCUGCUACUGCGUCGAGCACGGCCAGUGGCCGGCGCGUCACCCUGCCAUCGUACCACAGUACUACUCGGCGACCCCUGGCGGCGGCGGUGGCGGCGGCGGUGGCACGCCCACCCCCGGCACCCCGCAGUCGCCAUACGGCGAGUAUGGCCGGCAAGCGGGCGGCGGCGGUAGCGGCGGCGGCGGCGGAUCGGCCGCAUCCACGCCACGCAGCGCCACCCCGAUGUCUUCCCCUGCAGUGACGAAGGUGCGUGCAUCUUUGGGCAGGGGGAGUGGGAAGAGAAGGGGUAAGGGCGGCGGUGGUGGUGAGCAGCGGCGGCAGCAGCAGACGCCGGGAGACCGAGAGCAGGUGACGCAACACACUAUCCAUAUACCUGUGAUAAACGUUGAAGAUGGGUCCAUUCUGAGAGGAGAGGGCGCCCCCACGGCCUCCAACCUCAGCCAGUGGUUGGCUGAGCAUCCUGGCUACAUAGUCUCUCCCUCACAUCUCUUCUCUCCAAGCAGCAAGGAUCUGGCGGACAGGAAGCAUAUGAGGAGGAAGCAUAGGCUAGACCCGGCGCAGCUGGAUCCCGAUCAGCUGACGGGCGAAGAGAACGUCUCUGUCAUCAACAAACUCACCGGACAGAAGAUCACUGGCAGGAAGGCGCCUCCCCUAAAGCACCUCGCUGAGUGGCUGAAGAAGAAUCCGGACUAUGAUGUCGAGUCAAAGUGGGGGCAUCUCGUGAGAGCAAAGGGCUACCUACCCGACACACUCAAGUCGCGCAUCCAGUCUUCCCGGCGCAAGCGCGGCGGCGGCGGCGUUGCCACGGCGACCACGGCGGCAGCAGCGGCAGCAGAGAACAGCAUCUUCCCGCCGUCGAGCAACUUUGCGGCGCUUUCCUCUCUGAUGUCGGCGUACCCGGGCCUCGCGCUGCCGCCCUACCUUGGCCUCGCGAACCCCUACCUGGCCGCCAACUACGGCUUCACGGGGAAGGACGGCGGCGAGGACGGCGGCGGGGGGGGCGCCACCGGAGCGGCAACCUCGAUCCCGAUGAUCUUCCCGUCUCCGGGCAUGCUCAUGAACCCGCUGUUCGCUCAGAGCCUCGGCGGAUUCUCGCUUCCCUCCAACAUGCCGACGUCGUUCGCGUCGCUGCUCAGCACGGCCGCGGCGGCCGACGCGGGCGUGGAGGGCGCCACCGCGGCGCGGCGCGAGAGCGAGGCGGCCGAGGCGUGGCGUCGCGAGAAGGACUCGGCGCGGCUCGCGUACGACGAAGGGGGCGCCGCCGGGGCGCCGGUGAAUCUGUCGACGUCGUCGUCGCGAGAGUCGAAGGAGGAGCGGCGGCGGCGGAAGAAGCGGCGCGCCGAGCUCGCCCGCCAGGAGGCGCUCUAG